UCAGACAUCAGAAUAUGAGGAAUAAACUACACAUAUUUUCCUCCCUAUCACGCUCACCGUCUCUUUCCAACCUUCCUUCAUCGAAGUUCAAAUUAAAACUAAUAAACUGAACAACCCUCCUUCUUACAGCAACACCAGAGACCAGACACAUGCAGAAUUUGCUUUGAUUUAGUAAGAGAAACUUUUGAAUUUUUAUUUUUUGGGUUUGGGGUGUGGGUUUAGAUGGAAAGAGAGGUGGGUUUGGAUCGGUUAGGAGAUUUAGCUCUCCACAUAAUUUUAUCGAAAUUAGGUCCAGAAGACACUGUCAGGGUUUCAUGUGUCAGCAGAAGGCUUAGGCUUUCCACUUCUGAGGAUUCUCUUUGGGCCCUAUUUUGUUUCCAAGAUCUUCAUCUUUCAACUCCUCAAGAUCAUCAAGGAAACCCUGCUUCCUCUUUCAAGGCAGCUUAUCAGUUAUGGCGUGAGGCUUUUGCUAUGUACCCAUGGCCACUUGUUAAACGAAUUAAAAGAUGUUGGGACAAGCUUAAAAAAUGGUUGAGCAAUAAUUUUCCAGAGGCUGAGGCUACACUUAGAAGGGGUGCAUUUGAAUCUGACAUUCAAAAAUUAGAAACUCUUUUGAAAGUUAAAUUGCCCCUUCCCACUAGGCUCCUCUAUCGUUUUCAUGAUGGUCAAGAACUGACAGACGAAGGCCACUCAACUACAUGGCUUGGUAGCUCAUUGGGAAUUAUAGGUGGCUACUCUUUCUAUAACCAUUUGGUUAAUGUCUACAUGUUACCCAUAAGUCAGGUAAUAGUGGAAACAAGAAAGGUCAUACGUCACCUAGGUUUUUCUAGCAGAUCUAAGUACAUUGUUGUGGCUGCUUCUUCUGCUUAUAGUGAGAAGUUGUUUUUCUUGAACUGUAUGAAUGGCCAACUUUAUGUUGGGACCGGGGGCCUUCCUACAAAUGGGGAAAUGAUUCAAUGUGUCCCAAAUGCACUGAUUCGUUCUGUGCAUGAUUUGCAAGGUGAUCAGCAGCAAGAUGCCAUGCUGCUGUGGUUAGAGGAACAUGGCCGCCGCUUAGAAAAUGGCAUUAUCAAAGUUCGUGAAGAAGGAAAUGUUAGAAGUAUAAGUCUAUUUCCAGAGGUUGCCCCCCUAUGUUCCACUGCUGUAACAAAUGGUGUGCAGGUUCGUGCUUCUGCUGUGUUUGUUCCAGAAUUGGCUAACCCAGAAGAUAGAGCUGAGAAGUACUUGUUUGCUUAUUCAAUCCGCAUGUCCCUCUUGCCUGAAGGGUGCAUCAUUGAUGGAAUGACCUUCAGCUCCUGCCAACUGAAUUGGAGGCACUGGAUCAUUCAGGCUAAUGAAGCUAUCGUAUCUGAUGUUAAUGGAGAGGCUGUGAUAGGACAGGUAAUGACGUACCAGUUCCUCCUCUAGAUACUAUUACUGACGAAUUAAUUCAGUUGUGAAGAAUGGCAACUGAAACAUUUAUUGGGGUCUUCUUCAAAUCCCAUGGGAAAAAUAUAGUGGAGGGGAUUAGCUGUGACUUAUCAUUUGUCAUGCUUAUGCAUCAUUUUGAUUUCUUUAUUCUGUGACUGAGGCAUUACAUUGUAUUCCGGUAAAAUGUCAAAGGGUUUAGAAUGUACUUUUUGUUUUUAAGGAUUUUGAUUAUUUUUGUUGGCAACCUAUUAUACAAGGACCGCCCAAUUUGGUACUUGAUAAUUAUUCAGUCUCUAAAUCUGUAUUUGGGAAAGUUUGCUGGAACAUGAGAGUAAACGAAAUGGGCUCCUGGGAACAAAAUAUUUUGGUUUCUCAUGAUUAUUCAUAUCACAGAAAUUCUAUAUAAGUUUGAAGGGGAACUGAACACCUUGAAAGAGUGGGGAAAAAAUGUAGUUUUUCCCCUUCUUUUCUGUUCCUUUUACUCAAUUUUCCUAAUGCAAAAAGAGCCUUAUCUGAAAAUGAGCUAUUGAAAUGAUUCAGCUUUACUGGGUUUCUCAUUAGUGAGCUGCAUGAAUGAUACCAGUAAUUUGGUAACCAUCAUUACAUGAAAGGAACAAAUCUCCUUUUUGGUUGUAAAUGUAAUAAUGCUGAAGAAAUUCAAUGUCUGGGGCUAAUCGUAUUCUAUUGAUAAUUACUAGACCUCUGUAGUUUUAUUGUACA